AGUACUGUUGUUGAUUAUCGUCAAGAAUUGUUAAUUGUGAUCAAUUUUUGUUGAUGAAUGGAGAAAAAUCAUUGAGACAAACAACAACAGUAUGAACAGGAUGGAUGUUAAUCACCAACCCCAUCAUCAUCAUCAUCAUGUUAAUAAUAUUCAUAAUAACCAUGCCGUAUCGACAGCAAAUCGUCAAUAUCAUUAUGAUCCCAAUCCCCAUUUGUUAAUUUGUGCAGCUAAUCAUCAUCAGAAUGAUGGUAGAUUGUGCAACUAUGAAUCAUGUGAUUCCAAUUAUUCGCUAUUAACUGGCAAACCAACCAAUAAUAAUCAGACAGCUAUCCGAAACCUUCGUCUACGAAUGCACGAAAUUCAUUUGGCCUAUAUCAAUAAUAAUGAUGAAUAUGAUAAGAAAAUUGAAUUACGAAAACGUUUAGAAUGUUUGAUUGACGAAUAUCUAAUUGUGGUGCGACAUGAUGACAAAUUUACAUUCAGAGAAUUUCGCGAUUGUUUAGAAAUAACCUGUAAAAAAUCAAAUUUCGAUCCAGAGAAAGCUAUCGAAGCUUUUCGAUUAGUCGAGCGAUAUGCGCUCAAUCUGUUGAAUUAUCCUUGGCGUCACGAAUAUCAUAAAAUAUUUGCCUUUGGUUAUUAUCGAAUAAUAAAAUAUUCCUUAUCCGGACACUGUGAAUUGAUGCAAUUGAUUGGCUACAAUUAUGAUGCAUCCAACGAUAUUUAUGCUUUGUCGGAAAUGCCCAUCGAUCCGGAUAAAAUGAUCGCCAUUUCAUUCGAUUGUUUGGUAUCGAUUGUCGAAAUACAAAUCAUGUCGGACAUCAAAACCAAAUGUCCGGAUCAAAUGUGCUGGAAAGAUAUCUAUUGCAUUAGGUGCCAAUACGUUUGUAAUGUUCAAAGUGCCGUUCGUAUUUUUUGUGAUUUAAAACGUAACAACAAGUUGAUUGACUUGGACCUAGAUCUUGAUUUGCCCGAUUAUUCAAUGAAAACAUUCAAUAAAAUCGAACAAUGGUCGCCCACUGUGAACGGUUCCACAGUAAAACCCAAUAUUAGUAAUAAUUCAAGCAAGGAAAUUAUUUUGCCACCACCGCCUACCUAUUUGGAAAGUGAUUUGGAUACCAUUGAUUUUAUCGAUUCUGCCCAUCAUAACGAACAAACUAGUAAAAAUACAACACCAAUUAACAAUACCAAUUUCUUUCAUAAGGAUUUCAAAACCACAAACAACAUAACGGCAGCUCGGAAAAUAAUUCCUGUCAAUGUGAAGCCAAUCCAUUCGGAGCCGCAACAAAUAAUCAUUUCGAAAAAACCGAUCAUUUCUCCAUCAAACUCGUCUUCGUUUUUGUAUCAUCGUUCAGCACCGAAUGAGAAGAAAGCCACCAACCCACCAACAAGCACGAUACGAUCGAUAUCCAAAGAAAAUCUGUUGAAUAAUCACCACAAACCUUUAAUAGAAUUAUCGUCCGAGGAAAGUUGUCAUCAAUCAUCCAAUGAACAAUGUGAUGAUGGAUGGUCAUGUCAAUCUUGUACCUAUGUGAACGAUGAAUGUGUGGAAAUAUGCCAAAUGUGUCAUCGCAGCCGUACAAAGGGUAAUGAAUCAACACCAUUGAUUACUGGCGGUCGACAAUGUAAUAAAUGUACAUUAGUCAACAAUAAAAAUGAUAAGUUUUGUACGGCAUGUGGAACAUCGUUGGCUGAUUCACCGACAUACAUUUGAUUUGAUUUGACUAUUACUACUACUACUCUCGUUGCUGUGAUAAUUAAAAAAACAUUUAUGUUUAAUCCAAUUGAUUUAUUAAUAACGGAUAAUAAUG